AGUAAGGAGCAACAUGAAGAGAACCUAAGAAUAGCAUUAGAGGUAUUACAUAAGGAGAAGCUAUAUGCCAAAUUCAAGAAAUUCACUGCCCAAGGGAUUGAGGUAGAUCUAGUGAAAGUGGAAGCAAUAACCAACUGGAAAGCACUAACUAAUGCUGGCGAGGUACGGAGCUUUCUAGGAUUAGCAGGAUAUUAUCAGAGAUUCAUGGAAGGAUUCUCCAAAAUAACUGGAUCAAUGAUGCAGCUUACAAGAAAUGGAGGGAGAAUUUGGGUGCCUAAAGAUGAAGUCUUGAGAAACGAGAUAUUGAAAGAGGCCCAUUCUACCCCGUACACUUCACAUCCCGAUGGGGGUAGUUGGGAGUCAUACAUACCCCUACUAGAAUUCGUAUAUAAUAAUAGCUUCCAAGCAACUAUUGGGAUGGCACUGUAUGAAGCUCUCUAUGGUAGAAGAUGUAGGUCCCCUGUUCAUUGGUAUGAAGUCGAGGAGAAGAGAGUUUUGGGACCAGAAAUAAUUGAAAGGAUAGUUGAAGCAAUCGAUAAGAUCCGUGCAAGGAUAAAGGUAGCACAGGAUCGAUAG